CUAGAUAUCAUUUACAGAUAGAUGGUUGGUUAACAUUGUAACUGGGAUGAAAGUUGAACCGAUCGUAAAAGCUGAUUAAGUUAUCAGGGCCAGUUACAGAGCUUUUUUCCGAGAAAGUGUUAAACCCAUUGUUUCUGUACAUUCCACACUGGGCAAGUUGGCUGGAAAAAUGAUGCGGAAUCGUGUUAAAAGUUGUCUGGAAGAAAAAAGGAAGAUUGAAAUGAAUAACUAGCUUGUGAAACUGGGAGAAAAUGGCAGGAAAAAAAAGACAGGCACAAAAGGGCCCUGAGGUUUUCAAUCUAGCAAACACCCUGUUGCUAAGUGACGGCGGAACCUGGGAUGAGAAUAAUUUCAUCCUUAAAGGCACAGUGCUGUCUUCAUCCAGGUCAACUCACACAGUUUCCAUCGUGAAAAGGGCUCCAGCUCAGUCAUAUUCAUUUCAUUCUUCAUGGUAACUCCUCAAGGCAAGGCCUUUGCUGCCCUGGCGAGACUUCCGCGGUUGGACUUGGUGGGCAAGGCCUCCUUGGGGCCGGUCCUGGGCGGCCGCCUCUUUGCCACUGCUACCGCGCCCACGGCCAGGCCUGCGGCCCAACACAACGAUACCCAUGACAAGAUUUUGGCCGAACCCCUCAAGCACCCAGACUUCUUCAACGUAAAGGAACUCUUCUCCCUGAAAACGCUUUUUGACGCUCGGAUGCACUUGGGACACAAAAAAGGCUGCCGGCACAGGUUUAUGGAGCCGUACAUCUUCGGCUGCCGCCUGGAGCAGGACAUCAUCGACUUGGAUCAGACGGCCCAGCACCUGCAGCUGGCCCUCAACUUCACCGCCCACGUCGCCUACCGUCGAGGAAUCAUCCUGUUCAUCUCCCGCAACCGACAGUUCACGCACCUGGUGGAGGCGACGGCCCGGGACUGCGGGGAGUACGCCCACGCCCGCUACUUCAAGGGCGGCCUGCUGACCAACGCGGCCAUCCAGUACAGCCCCGAAGUCCGGCUCCCGGACCUGGUGGUCUUCGUCAACACGCUCAACAACGUGUUCGAGCAGCACGUGGCAGUGCGGGACGCCGCCAAGAUGAACAUCCCCACCGUGGGCCUCGUGGACACCAACUGCAACCCCUGCCUGCUCACCUACCCCGUGCCGGGCAACGACGACUCGCCGGCCUCCGUGGAGCUCUUCUGCAGGCUCUUUAAAACCACCAUCAACCGGGCCAAGGACAAGCGGAAACAAAUGGAGAUUCUGCACCGGCCCCCGAGCCCUCCGGGGACUGCCGCCUAGGGACGUGGUCGGCGAGUUUGGGGACGUGGGGACGUCCGGCUGGUGUCCUGACACUCAACCCAGAUGAUACCCUCCCCACAAUAAAAAAAAAAAAACUUUCUGUGUUCA